CCGAAGCACAUAGCUAUGAAGGAAAAUAAUUCACUGACCAUCCUAACCAGAGUUGAGAUUAGAUGGAUUGCAUGUUCAAUAAAUACACAUUUCUGUGGACGAUGCUCAGACAAAACUGAACGUUACAACGUACUGAGGGUGUUGUGUGACUCUUACUUCGUUUUAUCCCGCUACUGAUACACACUCUUCCUGAAACUUCGUAAGCUUUAUAAAUUAUUAUUCCUUAAAAAGUUCUUCUCACAGGAAAGUUCCUCAAUUCCUUGAAUUCGGGAUCUCAUCCAGACCAAUUUUUGGCUACCACUUACCUGCUGUUCCAUUCCCACCCUUUCUUAAAGCAAACUAUUUGACGGUAAGAAAAACUAUAAAACGAGCAUAGCAGCUUGAAUCAUGGGCUUGUUCCACUUAGCAAACUGCCUAGCGUUGGCUACGGGUCCUCAUUUGCUGGUAUACAAGUCUACUGGAAUACCAGAUAACGAUGCAUUUUGGCCCUGUUUCAAAAUUGCAUGCGUGUACGCACUUACACAGAUCUUGAAGUUUUUUCUGAUCACUUUAGCUCCUCAUAACUAUUUGUCUAAGGGAGAUUCUAUGACAUUUGAUGUUUUCGGUAUAGUACUAGAGAUAAUAGUAAUCACUAUGAUUGUACGUGGAUCACUUUGCAGAAGUGAGUUCAAUGUAGUAGCAUCCAGUGUAGGCUGGUCAAUCGCUUCAUUAGUAACCACAAGAUAUGUCCCAAUUUGGGUUGGUACGCGUGGACUAGAAUUCGACUGGAAAUACUUGUGUUUGAGUUACGAAGCAAACUUGGAUUUGAUUGAUACAUUUGUGAUGUUUUACUCUGUUUGGCUAUUAUCACGUCGCUCAGGCCCUACGUGGAGCACUCUACUGGGCCUUCUCACCGUUAUUGCGGGGCCAGCUAGAAGCAUAUUUUAUGCAUUAUUGUCCCAUAAAAUUGAGAACAUCUUCGUUACCCUCGCGAUAAAAACAAUCAUUUGUAUUAUCUUCGGAAUUACAACUAUGAUAAUACGAUCACAAAGGCAUACUGACCGAACUGAAGCACGGGAAUCGCAAGGAUUUUUCACCAUUAUUCGCUUGUUAUAUCAGUUGACAACGGGACGAUACAUAUGUGCGUACAAAAGUCGAGACUCAAAAUCCAGCUCAUCAGUAUUUCUCAAAAACGUAAAAUGAAAAGUUUGUUUCAAAACGUUUGUCUACAAACAAAGUCUUUCCACUGCGCAACCUACAAUUAAGAAAAUGAUUAUUCUAGCGUUAUUUAUACGUACUUUGAAAACAGAAAAUGUGUUUCAAAUGCUAGUUUCUUUAAUAAAAUAAAUGUGAUGUAAUCCAAGGG